AUGGUCCAUACCCCUCGAGCCAAGCCUGUGCUUGAGAUCAUCCCGAACAACCGCUUCAUCGUCUUCCAUGGCGACCAGCACGAAGCCGAGACUAUUAAGCUCAAUGGUGUCGUCCGAUUGACUACACCAGAUGCCAUGAGUAUCAAGAACGUCAAAAUCUGGCUUGAGGGCAAACGAAGAAUCUCAUGGUUCUACAUGGGCGGUAUGGCAGCAGGUGAAGUGUCGGACAAAAAGACCUUCUGGCGCGAGGAACGUGCUCUAGGUACAUCUGGGACGCACAAGAUCAACUCGGGAACGAUAGAGUGGCCCUUCGAAUACAUCCUCGACCCUAGCAUGCCCGAAAGCAUCGAAGGCAUGAACAGUACCUACAUCGUUUACUACCUGCAUGCGAGCGUCUCGAGACCUGGCUGGAACGCAAAGGAUAUCACUACCACACAGCACAUUCGCAUCGUGAGAACUCUGGGAGCCGAGCAGAUGGAAACAACUCGCUCGAGGACCAACGCCGAUAUUUGGGCAAACAAGCUCAGCUACAGCAUCUCGAUUCCCACCGACGCCGUUGUUUUUGGAACUUCGAUUGUCGCAGACGUCGAAUUAUCGCCUAUUCGAAAGGGUAUCAAGCUCGGCAAGAUCGAGAUGAGGCUCAUAGAAGCAGUGACAAAGCGAAUUCAGUCGUCUGAGGUACCCGAUCAGCGUGGUGACAGAUGCAAGGUCGAUGAGUCAGAUGUUGCAAAAGCAGAAAUGGAAUUCCCCGAAGACUCGCGUGUCACUUUUGACGAAGAGAGCGCCGAAAACCCCAUCAUGGAAGAUGAGAAAUACGUCUUCAAGGCUACUCUGGACUUGCCCAAGUCUCUCAAGCAGUGCAGACAAGAUGUCGACUCACACAACAUCAACAUUACUCAUCGUUUCAAGCUCAUGGUCAACAUUCAUAACCCGGAAGGCCACAUCUCUCAGCUCGUUUGCCGUCUUCCUGUCAAACUCUUCAUCUCUCCUAACCUACCGGUCGAUGACUCGAACGAGGUCCAAGUCGCUGCGAGAACCAUGACCGACGCCGAGUUGAACCAGCAAGAAGUUACGUUGAACGCCCCACCAGAAUACGGUCGACACCAGCUCGAUGCUCUAUACAACGAUAUCAACACGGGUGGUUAUAUGAGUCGCGCGCCCAGUGGAUCGGCCACUCCUUUCUAUGCCCAAAGCCGCAACGCAUCUUCGGAAAACCUGCAAUCUUUGAACGGUGUCGCAGAU